UACACACUAUUCGAGAUAUGGAGGCAGUCCGAAUGGCAGCCCCAUAGACUAUAUUAUUCCACCACCAAUGAACCAGGCUCAUCACAUUCUACCAAACCUACACAUGCUUAUGAGCGAACAGACACCAGCAUUUUUUGAUCCUUCUGUGGCAUAUAGUAAUGCAGCGAAAGCAGUCGCUGCUGAUCAAACUAUUAAGAUUGGCCGAACUAAAGAAGUCCAAGGAAAAACAGCAGCAAUUGCAGCAGAAAUAGAAAAUAAGAAGAGAAAGAAAAGUGCUGCUGCCAACAAACCCAUAGACAAGAGUCGGCCAAUCUCGAGUACCCCAAUCGCUGGUAAUUCAUCGACACGUACAUCGGUAUGAGAGCGCCCUGAAGAUCUAUCAGCGCUAGGAUGUCGACAAGGCAGUUUCAAAUCCACCAGAACAACUCAAAGGUACCAGCUAAAGCAACAUUAAUUUUGAAUAUAAGCAGCAUAAAGAUCCGAACUGAGUCAGGGUCGAGUGUUGAAGAAGUUCCAAUUAAUAAACCCAAAGUUUCACCAGGAGUAAAGCUGUAAAGAAAUCACCAAACGAAGCAGCCAACGAUGCGGCGAUGGAAGCUGAAGGUCGUGCGACGAAAGAACGUGCCUUAGUACCACUCGAAGCACGUGUCGGUGUCAAUCAAUUAAAAAAAAUAAUUCGUGAAAAAGAUGUUUCAGCAUUUAGUACAUGGGAAAAAGAACUUCAUAAGAUAGUCUUUGAUCCUCGUUAUUCGCUUUUAACAUCUAAAGAGCUUAAACAAGUGUUUGAAAAAUAUGUUGAGGACCGUGAUGAAGAGAAGCGUAAGGAAAAACGCAACAAAAUGCGUCAGAAAAGAGAUGAAUUGAGAAAUUUGAAAGGUGCUCAUCUUAAUGAAAAUGAACUUAGUCAACGUUAUGGACGUGAAGACCGCUACAAAGCCAUACAAAAGUAUGUGAACGUGAAAGUUCAUUCAACUACUGCAUUUUCGAUGUUCACCGACAGGAAGAGGAUUAAAUUCAGAAAAGGAACUAUUAUUAAGGCAAGUAACCAUAAUGAUGUUUUUGUGAAAAUCUAUGGUAGGAAGUAGAGGUGGCGGUCAAAGCAAACCGAGCUUGAUGACCCAAUUAGCGCAGAAUGCGCCGUUUUGAUACCAAAACUCAUGAAACCUGUGAGUGAUAAGUGGAUUUAUUUGAAAUUAAUUUUGAAUUGGUUUUAAAAUGGGAAAAACAAGUGUUAGGCAGUCCUAGAUCCACUUUGUUGCAUUGAAGAACGAGAUCAAGUCUUUGAUUCUGAGAAGUUAUGUAUGACAUUAAAGAAUUCACUCCCCAGAGAGAGUUCUCUAUUCCUAGCGAGGGCAUAGAAAAUGGAAAACCGUUUCUUUUUCUUGCUGGUCCAAGCAGCUGCGACAAUAAGUAUUGUGUGGCUCUGGAGAUCAGGUCAUUGGUUUUGGAUUUAUUAUAGGUGGGCCAUAUUUUCCUAGAUAUGGCCCACCUAUAAUAAAUCCAUAUAUAAUGUAUAGUAAUCAAAAUAUUGAAUGCAAAUAUCAAUCUUAAGAUUUACAAUUUUAAAUCAAAAUAUCCACAAAAUGAAAUUACAAAAAUUUUUUUUUUAUCUCAAAA